AGCAGCGGAGAGAGUCAGAGGGGCUGGACUCUGAGCUAAAAUAACUCAAGUCAGUACGCAGCUAUGACUAAAUGUCUGGAGCCACCGCCACAAGAGACAAACAGACGGAGCCAGACUUCAGGAAGACAAGAAAUUUUGAACAGGACUCAGCUUUUCUCUCGAGUCUGGAACAAAAGAACAGAAGUACUUUCAUUGUUUGAGAGUGCCUGAGGGGGUGAGAGAGCAAGGAGCCUGCAGCAGGAGUGAAGUGGAGCAGAACGCUGCUACCUCACAGCCAUGAGUUCCCAGACAAGCUUUGGCAGCAACAUGCUGUUCCAGGCCAUCAAUGAUGACCUGAAUGCAUCGCUGGCUACAGCGGACGAGUUAUCCCGAGAGUUUAACUCCCUGCUGAAGGAGGCCUCCUCCAACAGUAACAAUAGAAAGUCUGGGCCUCAGACCAGCACUACAAGGGAGUCAAGCAGCAGCAGUAAUGGCAGCUCCAGCUCUAUGCCUUCCAACCCGAGCUCAACAUCCUUCUGUCCCAUGGUCAUCUCUAACAACAUAAAUGCCCCGUCCUCCCCCGUCUUCUCCACCAGCCCACUCUCAUCCCCCAAGAUCCGCAGAGAGACACACUCUCCACUUCCUCGAGCUGGAUCUGACAGCUACUCGUACGGCCAGCAGAGCCCCAAACAGUCACCUCACACCCCGAGGCGUAACUCGCCCUCUUGUUACGACAGGAGCCCGCGAGGUUCAGUUAGUUACAUAGAUAGAAGCCCUUCUCCAAGCCCCACAUCUGCUUCUUUUGACCAGUCAUCGCGCUCUGCUUCACUCCACUCCUCCGCCAAUCUGCUGAGCCCUUAUGACAGCAGCAUGAUGGGCCGCAGGUCACCUCGGCCAGACAGAAACCCUUCCCCUUUGUCUUUCAAUCAUCCGAUGUCCAACACACUCCCUCGAAAUUUUGGUUUCAGGCAACCUGACGAGGGCGUGCAGCGGCAAAAGAGUCCCAGCAAGUGGAAUGAAACAGAUCUGGACGUGUCCUAUGAGAGAAAACCUCACCACACCUAUGACAAGACAGAAUGGCUGCGGCAAUCGGUGCCAAACAGCAGCUGGAGAGAAUCCAACCUCGAUGGCCCUCCUCCAGCCCCAAGUCCCAAAAAGGAUCCUCGCUCUCAGUUUUCCCAUGGUUCUCUUCCCCGUAACACGCGUGUAUCAGUACCUCCAGAGGUUUCAUCCCCAGCCCACUCACCUUACUACCCUCAGCCCAUCAUCUCCCGUAUUUCUAUUCCUCCAUCUUCUACUCAGUCCCAUCAGCGCAGGCCCAUUCCUCUCUCCGUCAUCAUGCGUCUCCAAAAUCCCCACUGGGGAGGAAUGCCAAUCCAUCACCCCAGAGUCCAGGGAGGAGAAGGGGACAUGGCAGCUUACCUACCACCUGCACCCAUGCCGAGGGAAUUCUUCCACCAACCUGUACUCCAUCCUCAGCAACACCCACCUGAGCUGAGACAGCCAACCAUAUACAGCGAUGUGCUGAACCCAGGGGAUGUAGACGCAGAGUUAGAGCGACUGGACUAUGCUCAUCACAUACCCGUGAUUUCAGAGAAUCCCAGAAUGCCAGAGGGUGGUAGGGAGGUCGAGCAGGGCGUGCCACCUGCUCCCCGGCCCCUGAGCCCCACCAGGCUGCAGCCAGUGGUGGCCCCAGAGGCCCAGAGCCAGGAGAUCCCUGACCUGGAGGAGCUGCUCCGUAUCCGGGCAGAAAUCCCCCGUGCCCUGAAGAGACGGGGCUCCGUGGACCAGUCUCGGCCCAUGAAGAGGGCCUCACAUUACCAGCCAAACCAGUACAAAAAUCUCAUUGACAAGCUUUUUCGCAGGAAGGACCAUCGCCAGAAGGGGGAGCAAGGUAGCGAGACCAGUAGCUCCUCAGACGGAGAGGACAGCCCUGCACCUGCCCCUGUGCCUCCACCUCAGACAACCACACUGAUUCCCCAUGACUUCAGAAGCUAUCAUUCCAUUCUGCGGCGGUCCAGUCGGGAUCGCAAAAGUUCUGGGCAUCGAGCUCGACUCAGCCCGCUGGUCCUGCUGCUGGAUGGAGCGUUGGUUGGAGAACUGGAGACAGUGCAGAGAGCAGUGCAGGAGAUGAACGACCCCAGCCAACCCAACGACGAAGGCAUCACUGCUCUUCACAAUGCAAUCUGCGGGGGUCACUACAAUGUGGUAGACUUUCUUGUUCGCAUUGGAGCCAAUGUCAGCGCACCAGACAGCCACGGAUGGACUCCACUGCAUUGUGCAGCCUCUUGUAACGACCGUCCGCUGUGUGAGUUUUUGGUGAGGAAUGGAGCUGCUGUCAUGGCCAUGACGGAGAGCGAUGGCACGAUUGCCUCCCAGAAGUGUGAUCCUUACGCUGUCGGGUUUGAGGAGUGUGAGAGCUUUCUGAAGGGUGUGGAGGAUGCCAUGGGGGUGGAGAACAGCGGGGUGCUGUACGCUCUGUGGAACUACCCAGCUCAGGCAGCCGAUGAGCUGAGCUUCAGAGAGGGAGACAUGGUCACUAUCCUGCAGAAACCCGAAGGGUCGGGCUGGUGGUGGGCGUCGCUCUGUGGCAGGGAGGGAUUUGUUCCAAACAACUACUUUGGGCUUUUCCCAAAGGUUCGACCAAAGUCUCUCUGCUAACUGGUCUCCUGGUGAUCAACCCCGGUCAAACUGGUGUAGAGACACGUGAGGAAUGUUUUUGAUCUGUCAUUCAAGGAGGGUUGAAGGAGAAGAAGUCUCAGCACAUAUUUGCCUUUCUGAUGAGGAUAAAUCUUUACAGACGGCAUCAUUUGUAUCAGCUCUGCUGUGGUUUUCUGGUGAAGCUGCAGCACGGUACAGUGCUAAACCUCCCAGUUGAGUAAUGUCGGUCUGUCCAAAGGUCACAAAAGGGUCAUAUUCCCUGCAACGAGGUCAAUGUAGCUGUAUACUGUCAACAAACAUGACCCACGAUUGUUCAUUUGCUCAAGGGCAGCUUCAAUUGGAGCGAAAUCAACCUGCUCGUUACUGGAACAAAGUUGUCAGCAUUGCACACUCUUUGUGAAAGAGAGCAGACAAGAGUUGACAUGGAGGUUUUAUUCUUUUACAAUAUUUUGAAAAGCCUCUGUGUAUCUUAGUUGUUAGUGUUAGUGUUGGAACUGUUGUGUGAGGCAACUUUUUCUGCUGAUUGAUCCUAGUAAAAAUUCCUGGCUUUACUAGCUAAAUGUGAUGUUUGAAUAGGUAUGUGUUCGAGUGUGGCUGUAGACUUUAUCCACAGACUUAGACUUAGACUUUAGCCACAGCAAGAAUUCACCAGCGUUUGGCUCAUUUCUACUAGGGCUUAGUCCUUACACAUGUUUUUGUUCUUCUGUUAUAUUUUUAUGCUGCCUGUCUUGUUUGAAAGAGAAGGCUUUGUGUUUCCUAUGAUAAUGAAACUGGUCAUUUUGUAGAUGUGUUUGUCUUCACAGUGACAGAAUGAGUGUUGUUGUUAGGGGACUGCUGUAUGCUUAUCCUUUAACCCCUCACAAAGGGGCACACAGUGACCAAAGGUUUAAAUACUCAAUAAAUAAAUCAGUCAUGUGUGUUUGGUUUCCACUGAAAACCUUUGUUACGGUUAUGUUUGAGGCUUAAAAUUCGACUGUGAAAUGUCUUUUGCUGACCAGCAGAUGACACUGUAUAAUCAAAUAUAAAUUCAGCACCAACAUAGAAUUUACAUUUUACAAAACUACCAGCUGAUGUAAACUAAUAUGGAGUGAAAUCAUUUCUCUGUGUUUUGCAUUGUAUUAAAUCUUCAUAGUGA